AUGGAGCCGGCACCCAACGGCCCCGCGCCAACGUCCGUCCCCUCCGCUCCCAUUGACAUUCCUCCUCCCCAUCAUCAUCGUCGCAACCUCGCCGCUGCCGCCGCCGCCGCCGACACCACCACCGAUUCCCCCGGACUUCCUCGACAUCCAACCGUCUCCCCCCGCCGAUAUCAUCACAUGGACGAAUUCGCCCAGUCGCGAGAGGACGACGACCUCUUCGCCGACGAGUUCGAGCCCGUCUCUGCCUCUGCCGGCGAGAGUAUCGGUGUCGUCGAGCAGCAAACCAAACCCGCAAGUCUCCCUGCUGAGCCUCGGUCUGGCGCAAGCCAGGCUCAGCAGCACCAGCAGGCCCAGCAGGCCCAGCAGUCCAGUGGCCAGCAGCAGCAACGCAAUGGUCGUGUACAGGGGGGGCGGGGACAAGAUCGGAGAGGGAGAGGACGAGGAGGCGGCGCAGGAAGAGGAGGCGGCGGAGGGAGAGGAGGAGGGUCCAACGGUCUGAGCCAACCCCGCUACGCACCAGCACCGGCCGAAAUCCCUCCUCCGUCCCAGGCCGCACCUCCUCCCCCCCUUUCGCCAACACGACCAUCCACACAGCUCGAGUCCACCCCACCCACCACACCCACUGCACCCACUGCAACCACAACUCCCGACACCCGCACACAUGCAGUCCGAGGCGACCGGUCUGCUACUGGCGGACCGGCGCACAAGAAAUUGAGCGAGAAGGAGUUGUCCGAGAAGAUGGCCAAGAUGGCGAUAUUGAACAAGGAGAGGGCCGAGAAGCAUAGACUUACCGAGGCCGACCAGGCAGCCUUCCAGCACCGAGAGAAGGAGCUGGCGAAGGAGCGGAAGGAGAAGGCGAUUGCCGAGAAGAAGAACGAGAGAGUUAUGGAGAUGGAGCGGGCGAAGAAUCGCGAGCGAAAGAUGAAAGCGCAAGGCGUUCGCGAGUGGGAUAGCGAGAAGGUGGAGAGUGAUAUCGUAGACAGAACGCGGACUCGGACCUCGGAGUAUGUGAGGGGAGGCCAUGGGGGCGUCAUUCGAGGUGGGCUGAGUGGAAGCGGGUAUUCGGUCGGAGGUGACGAUGGGUCGGACUUGCAGGCGCCCAGAGGUCGUGGUAGAUUCGAGAUCCGGGGACGAGGGGGAAGCGGUCGAGGAGGACGUGGAGGACGUGGAGGCAAACAGCAGAAUCCCGUUCCCAGCUCGGAAGAUUUUCCUUCAUUACCAACACCUACGAAAGUCGAGUCGACCGAGCCGUCAAAGAAAGCACCAGUGUCAGGAACGACAGAGGCAGAAGGGGCACCAAGCUCAGAGGGGAAAUCGCCCGAGGGUGACAAGCUGGCUCGUGAUUGGGCGGAGGAAAUGGCAACAUCGAUCGAGGAGUCUAACCCCAAGUCUUGA